ACGGUGUCUGCACCGUCACACCAGUACAGACGGUCUCAAGGAAGGCCCACCUCUCGGAGGCAUUAUCUUAUAUUAGUUUUCAUUUGAGACAAGGGUAAUCCUGCACAUGCGCUGUCGCUAACAUUGAUUUUUCACAGUUUGACAGUUCGCCCGAUGUUUUGAGCUAACACCCGCGUAUAGGAAUCAAAGUAAACAAAAAAUAUGGCUUUAGAUUUUUCUGCUACGUAUAAGUUAUUGGUUUUAGGUGAUUCUAAUGUGGGCAAAACGUGUAUAGUGCAUAGAUAUUGUGAUGAAAGAUAUUACGAUAUUUACAUAUCAACAAUAGGAAUAGAUUUCAAACAAAAGAUAAUAAAUCUGGACGGUGUGCCAAUCAAACUUCAAAUAUGGGACACGGCGGGCCAGGAGAGAUUUCGGACUCUAACUACGGCUUACUACCGAGGUGCUAUGGGGAUAAUACUUAUGUAUGACAUCACCAAUCUGGAAUCUUUUAACCACCUUUCGUACUGGCUGAGGAAUAUACAAGAGUAUGCAUCUCCAGAUGUUAUAAAAGUUUUAGUGGGCAAUAAAUGUGAUGUGCACGAUAACCACCGGGCAGUACCAAAAGAAAGGGGCCAAAAGAUUGCUGAUGACUUCGAUAUGCCCUUCUUUGAAGUAUCGUGCAAAAGUAAUAUCAAUAUAGAGGAAGCUUUUGUGACUUUAGCGAGGAAAAUACGAGAAUAUCGAGAGACUAAGGCUGACGCUUUCGAGUUAAAGGAACGAGACAACGUUAUAAAGGCAUCUGAAUCUGAAACAGACGUGUCAAAGUGUAGCUGUUAGCCGUAUAAUUUUUAUAAGACCUAACUGUCUUCUAAUAAAAUCACCAUUGCAAAUUAGACAUAAGUAGGUAGUUAGUUAAUUUUAACAGUAGUUGAUAAUCUAAACGAAAGAGAUGUUUUAAAAAACAUUUACCUAUGCAUUGUGUGGAUGGGCAAGCAACGAUCAGAGAUGCAGUCUCAGAAAUAUUAAAGGAACCUAGUUCUACAACAAAGAAAACAGCAGUAUUAGUGUUACCUACCUAGUUACCUACUUAUGAAUAUUUUAAUAACUAAUAAUUCAUAGUUAUUCGUUUACCUAAAAUAUUACGCUUUUUAAAAAUGCGAACGAAAAUAAAUUUUAUAGUUUUAUAGUUAAGACCCUAAAAAUAUUAACAUCAAAGAAAUUGUUGAUAAUAUUAUGCUGAAAUCAUGGAAGUUACGCGUAAGUCUAAUAAUUUAGAUAAUUAAAAAAUUUGGAAAUGGAAUUUAUCAAGACAAUUUUUACAAAAAUCUAUUAUAGAUUCUCAACUUAGGUACUUACCUAACCAUAAUAUAUUAUACUUUUUAGAUAGGUAACUGACUAUAAUAUAGAUUUCGUAGUUGAUGUGUAAGGUAUUUGCAUUGUGUCGGAAUUUUAAAAUAAAUAAAUACCUAGAGUGUCAACUGGAAUGUUGGGUUGAGGUAUAUUUUAGUAGGUAAAUUGGUUCAUCUCUAGUCUCGUAUGCUAAAGAAAGGCUGAAGCCUUGGCUAAUAACUCCACCCGGCAAAAGUACCACUGCGAUUUCACUAGUUAGUAUGUAUAGGCCUAUAGACAGGGCCGGAAUAAAAAUGUCGGUAGGCAAUGCAAUUCCAUAAAAAAAAUAUUAGGAAAAACACAAAGAGCAGUAACAACUGCAAUAAACUUUGCUAAUUUAUUAAAGAAGGCUUUUAAUUGUACUUGAUUGAAUUUACCUUGACUUGGUAAUUCUGAAAUCUUAAGAAUAGACUAGGUACAAUUUGUAAUUAUAUAUUUUUUAAUUCCGGCUUAAUAAUAGAGACUGUACCUAUGCACGCUUUAUGCAUAUCUAUAUCAAUAAGUGUGCUCGUUGCAUUUUCUAAGAAUAGAUAAUUUCUAUUCCGCAUAUUCGAAUAAAAUAUAGGCGAACUAGGUAAUAAUUGUUGGUAAUUACCUAAAUUAAUAAAAUCUAGAGUUGGAAAGUUACAGAAUACUUGAACCAUUCACUAGAGUGUAGUUGAAAUAUUAUAUUUGAGUGAUGUAAGAUUUAAUAAAAAAAUAAAAGCCGACUAUAAAAUGGGAUAAGGAAUGGCAUCUUUAAAACAAUUAGUCACGUAGGUACUUAUACCGUCUAAUAAACCCCAGGAAAAUCGACAUGAUUAUUUAAUGUUAUAUUAUUUCUGAGCUCAGGGCCUCACGUGCUGGGGUCCCCUUUGUUCCAUGGGCUCUUGGCUCUUUUGCCAGCCCUGCCUUAUAAUUACGCCACAGCAAAUAAUUUUGGUGACUGUAAACACAAUUUUUGUAUGCAAUUUCAGCAUUUUGACACGUCCUAAUGUAACUUAUUCAUGCUAGCUAUGAUUGGAAGUUGGAUGGACCAUAUUGAUUUCAAAUAAAACCACAAAUCUAUUUAUGCUUUGAUUUUAUGGUGCGGUUUUUAAAGCUUUUUUUGGGAAUUGUUAGUUAUUACAAAAUUAAUUUACGACGUAUUUUCGUAUCUUUCAAAAAUCUACAAAAAAUCAUCAAGUUGCAGAUAUUGGUCGAAACGUUUCGAAGGACUACGACCACAAACAGUGACAGUGUUAUCAUUAUAAUACUUAAGAUAAACCCCGUAAAUAAUAAUUUGACUCGUUUUUAUUAAAAAAACUUUGCUCACCAAAAUGUAAGAAAUAAAUCAUGACACUAAUUUACGAAUUUAAAUAGAAAGUUUUAAACUUCUUACAUGUAGGCGUUUGUUAAUAGUAUAAAUCCAUAGACAAUAUAAGUAUAAGCAUUUUAAUGUGAUCUCAUUGGAGUAUAAGGGUUAUAGCACAUUAGAGCCACACACACCUCAAAUGUUUAGUGUUUAGUGCCCCUAUGAUCAUACAAACUCUACAUCAACUUCUCAACGUCACGAGUUCACCUCGCUAGUAACCUGUAACACGGCGAGGUGAUACAGAACAGGUGUCGAGUGGCUCUAAUGAGCUUGUGCCCUUAAAGGUUUGCGCACAUAGACACAUGUUGGAGUUUCAGAUAAUUGUGUUGUAUGAAUUCUGUAAAUGGUUUAAUAUAUUUUCAAAAUAACGUACAUAUAAACACAUUGCGUAUACAGGUAUUUCUGAUUUCAUUACCGUAUGCGAUUAUACCUACAUUAUGCAAAUUAUUUUUUCUGGAAACUCAACAUAUGCAUACAUAAUAUACUUGUUUUAUGCUUAAAAUGUACAGAAUGGGUACUUACCAACGAAUACAUAAAAACUCUUUGCUAAGAAGCUUAAGAGACAAUGUCCCACUGAAAAGAGACUGAAAAUUAUACUUUGAUUUCAUUCAUAGACUAUUAGUCCAUGCACAUCAUCAUUUUCGUCCUAUUUUAACGGCUUGUUUUACUUUAUAGUUUACCUCUUUGUUGGAGAGGGGAUUUAGAACUUUAACCCACCAAGUCUCAAUGCGUGAUGGCGGACUUUGGGUGAUAUAGAAAAGACAAUAUAUAAGCACAGACAUAUUUAAGUGUUGAGUUGCCAGCAAAAAAUAAAUAGUGUUUCCCAAUCAAUAAAAUGACAAAUUCAACAUGACAAAUAUAAAUAUAUUAUUCACUGUACAAUAUUUCAUAACACAAUCAUUUCAUAUUUGUAAAUUAUAAAUAUAGUAUAGUUUGUCUACUUUAGGAAGUCUAUUUGGUGUUUAGUGUACCUAGUGGCAAGGUGUACAGACAAAUGUCUGACAGUAGACAGUUGAAAAAGCGUGUUGGUGUGUAAACGUAGGCGCCCAUAGACCCGCAUCGUACGUAUCGGACGCAUCGCAUAAAACGGAUUUUUAAUUUUACGGUAUAUAAAAUCCGUUCAAUACGAUCCGUACGAUGCGGAUCAGUGAACGCACUUGCAUGCACGCACUAUACAAAGAAAAAUACAUUGUAUGCGACACAUCAUUCAGUUUUAAUAGUUCAAACUGCAAGUCAACCUGCUUAGCGAAACGAAGCUUUAGUUUAUAUCAUGAACGCGGCCUGUCUUUUUGUUACCGCUAGAUACAUCCAGAGCUAAAUAGUCUUCCCGGAGUAGAUUGACUAUAACCGAACUUUCAAGAAUACUUUAUGCCCAUAUUGUAUUUAAGCCUUUAAAAAUAUUGUAGCUUGAUUGCAGAUAUAAGUUCAUUAAACGCAUUUGUAUUAAAAUAUAAAAAAAUAGGUCAAU